AUGGCCUAUGAGGAAGCGUUGUAUGGCUAUGAUGAAUCUGAUGCCGAGGACAGUGAUGGGCUGUCUGAUUAUAUGUCUGGCGUUGCUUCGAUACAUGUUAAAAGUCUAGAUUUCAGUAAAUUGCAACGUAGUGUUAAAGGACUACAGGAAGAGUGGAAACUUUUACAACAGUCUGGUCGACCAAUCAACUACCAUACAAUAUACGACUUGGCCAAGGCACAUAACGUGACGUCUGGAAAAUGGCUGAUUCAUUUUAACAUUGGAUAUAAAGCAGACCUUGCAUGGCAUGUUAUUGCCGUGGCAACAGUAAACUCACAAUUAGGACCACGUGCUAAGAUAAGCAUGCGUUCCAGGGAACAUGUUCCUAAUUCCCCUAAAGUUAAAGAAUGUGGGUAUAUGAUCCGUGUAUACAGUCAUGCAGACUUCACAGAUAAACAACAGGUCUAUGAUCUUGAGAAUAAAAUCCGGGCAGUUGGCAUCUAA